AGCAUUUUAUAUGUAUUUUGACGCUAAAGCUGUUGAAAAAGAGCAUUCUGAAAGAGGCAAUAUUGUUCCAGCAAUAAGCGAAGAAGAGUUAAGAGAGAAUAGAGAAGACUCUAAGAAUUUUUAUGAUUCUCAAGAAGAGAACAGAAGGAGUAUUCCUAGUACAGAAGAGAUUUCUGCUGAAAACAUGGAGGAAGAAGCUCAGUCUACAGAAGUCAUAUCAUCAGAUGCAAGAAAUGACACAAACAGAUCUAAAAGCCUUCCUUUGAGGAAAGAUGACUAUUUUGGUCCAUCUUCCAACGAUACCGAAUAAGCGAUGUCGGCUAUCUCCCCUAUUCUUACUUCUAAACCCAGCCUCUUUAGACCCUGUUUCUCUGUUAACCUAUUCAUCAUCCAAACUCAGCAAGGAGAUUCCUCCUUGCUGAAUCAUGAUGAAAACAAGCAGAAUAUCAGGACUCUAAAAGCUGGAACACAGAAGAGAGUUUAAUAGGAAGAGAGUGAGUUUGAGUGCAUUUUAAGAGUCCAAGAGGUGGAGUUAGGGAUCUAUGCACUCAAACAAUCUCUAUCGACUUUCAGUCGUAAUCUUUUUAUUGAUAAGAAGUAUC